AUGAAUCACGAAUUCGAAAAGAGCUCAAAAAGAAAAAAAUCAUCAACGACAAUUUCACUACCAUCUUCACCAACUGAUUUGCAAUCAACCAUCAAGGAAAUUCUAAGAACUGAAACAUUUGUGAAAGAAAUACAUGAAAAAUUACUUUCAUCAGAAUUUAUAACAAAUCUAUGUAGAUCAAUUGUAGAAUCAGAUGUGUUUAUUCAAACAAUUACAACUUUAGUUGAUAAUAAAUUAAAUGUGUAUGAAACAAAAUUGAGUGUAUUAGAAGAAGAAAACAAACAAUUGAAAUCACACAUUCAUUCAAUACAAGUCAACGUAAAUGACAUGGAUCAGUAUUCUAAAAGAAAAGAUGUGAUCAUUACAGGAAUUCCACAGACACCAGAGGAAGAUACAACAAAAUUAGUCAUUAAUUGA